UACAUUUAAACGCAAGUGCGCAGCGUGGAACACACACACGCACAGGCACACACACGCGCGCUCGCGCCAGGAAUCCGCAUUGGAAAUCUUGUCAAAUCUUGUUUUUGUUGUUGUUGUGUGGCUUAUGGGGGACAUGUCUCACGCCCAGUUAUCGAGCAUCGCCAUGGAGCGGCUGGUGGCCCGGAGGACCUUCCCCCUCCACAAGCGCACCAGCGUCUGUCGGAACCUCUUCGGACCGGUGGACCACGACGAGCUGAGCCGGGAAAUGAGCGUCAAGCUGCGGGAGAUUUCCGAGCGCGACCGGCAGCGGUGGAACUUUAAUUUUGAGGCCAACACCCCCCUGGAUGGAGACUACGAGUGGGUGGAGGUCUCCGCGGAUAACACCCCGGCGUUCUACCAGGGCUCGUCCCAGCUCCGCGGGCCCGCGACGUCCGUCAAGCAGCACCCGGACGCGCUGGAGCGUCUGGCCGCGCCCGAGGGGAGCGACGGAGCGACGGUGGAGCUCAACCAAGAGAAUCGUGCGGACAAGGUCAACUCCCGGGGGCUGGCCCGCAGAAGGGCCCCGUGUGGCGGGCGGAAGAGGACGACCGCCCCCGCGGACAGCAACACGCACAUCACUGAUUUCUUCGUGAAGCGAAAGAGGGCCGCGGAGAGAAAGUGUGUGGAGCUGAGCCAACACUCCAAGUCUCCCAUUCCCAUGGAGCAAACCCCCAGGAAGAGGAUCCGUUGAAGGUGGAUUUUUGCACUACUACUAGUGUGGGUAUGUUUGAGGAACACACAGAGGAAGGAAAGAAAGUAGUGGGUGGACCAUAGCCGGCUGGCCUCCUUCCCCCCGGUCCUGUGGAGCGUCGCUGGCCGGACUCGGGACCUUCCCCGCCGGCCUCUCAGGACUGAACCGGCCGGGCUCUCGGGGUGGGGAAGGUGUGGCCGUGUUUUUUAAAAUUGUUUUAAUUUUAUAAAUCCAGUACAAAUGUAGCAUUCAUUGUUGCUGCCACUUGACCGUGUUAACAGUGUUUUAACAUCUGUGCAAUCCUUAAGGGGGGCGGGGCGGGGCGGGGGGGGGGGGAAGAGACUUUAAAUUGUCUACACUGGCCAAAAGUGUACAGCUUUAUACAGACAUCAGCUUGUAAAUGAAUAAUCUGUUGUUGGGUUUUAUUUUCUCCUGUAAAUGUAUAUUUUUAAGACCAUUUUAACUUAUAAUUUAUUUAUGUUUCUUUUGUACAUGUUAAGUGAAUUCUUGAUUUAGCCUUACGGUGUAUGUUUGUUAUUUUAUUUACUUAUUUUUGUAAUGGCGGUGUAUUUGCAAUCAUGUAGCUUGUAGCGUACACUAUAGUUGCCCUUGUGUCUCUGAGCCAUUUUUAAACAUGUUUGUUCUCCAUGCAAGUGCCCUCAUGAGCAAAACAAACAAAACAAAAAAAGAUGAAUAAAUUUUUUUUUUUUUAAAUAA